AUGGAACACCCACAGUCGUCUACCCUAUCGGACCUCCUUCACUCCCCUCGACCUCUCACUGCCUCUGCCUCUCUCCCAUUUCUAUCCACACCCUCUCCCCCACCACCUCAUCCCCCCUCCGACCACCGCAUCCUCACAACCCUCAACCGCCCAACCGUCCUCAUCGGUACCCUAACCCUCCCCACUCACACCACUCCCUCCUCCUCCCAUUUCCCUUGCUCAUGCUUCAAAUUCUCCGACGGCUCCGCCACAGUCUGCUGCGACAUCCUCUCCUUUCGCCUCGCUGCUAUCGGCAAACUAAUCCGCAUCACCGCCUGGAAUUUCAUCCCCUUCAAACACCCCGGGGAUCAUGGAUCCCAAACUGCCUUCUUGGAAAUUAUCAAAUGGUGCUUUUCCGAUCCUAACGAAUCAAACCUCGCAGACAUCUUUCAGUUCACGCCAAAUUUUCCAGUAACUAAUUGCAAUAACGGCGGUAAGAAUUUCAGGGCUCUCCACGGAGUAGUGAAGUCAGUCGGUCCUAUUUCAAUUGUGCCUGCAAGUGGAAGUUACGAUUUGAAUUCAAGUUCUAAGGUUAACUAUUUAGGUUUUUUGGUACAAUUGUUGUGUUGUGAGUGUAGGUUAUGUGGUUCUAGGGAGUUAGUUAACAACUUGAGUAACGGUUCUUUUGAAAUUGAGAGUGUUAACGGUCAUUCUUUCACCAAAAUGGAGAUAUUGUAUUUUAAUGGCAAUGCAUCUUCGUUUCACCCUGUGAUUACCAAGCUGAUUGGUAACCGUGUUGUGGUUUCGGGUUUGAAGAAAAAGUUAGUUUGCUUAACUAAGGAGGAGUCUUGUUUGAUGUAUUUGACUUUGGAUGAGAUGGUUUUGCGUGUUUGUCCGCGUUUAGAGAAAUUGGCGCCAUGCUUGAAGCGUGAAAUUAAGGGGAAGGGUGAGUGUGGUUCUUAUACUGGUGUAAUUAGAGGUGUAUACAUGAAAGGGAUGGCUUUGGAGUUGGAUAAUGAUGUGUGGUUUCUUUUAACCGAUAAACUACAUACUAUGAUACAUGGUUUACGAGUUGGCUCCAUUAUAUCUAUGAGAAAUGUCCAUUUUGUGGAUCCAAAAUUUCCGUGGACUAAAGUUGUAGUUCUUGGGGCAUGUGUCAAAACUAGCAUUGUCGUGGAAGCCUUCUCCCCAUUGGAAACUGUGUGUAAUGUAGUUUUGCAGUCUACAAGUAUGCUAGGAAAGUUCAUUCAGUCAUUACCAUUUUCAGCAAGACUCUGGGUAUUACUUCUUGUCUCAAGCUUACGUAAAAAGUUUGCUGGUAUGCUAUCUGACAAGGAUAUUUUGGGAUCAAAACAUAAAGAAGGGCUAGCUCAGAUGCAUGCUAGUUCACUGUUACCUCCUUCAGUAUUUCAAACUCAGCAUGGUGCUUUCAUGGGGCUGUGUAGACAUGACUUUAAUGGAUGCGGUAGAGAAAUGCAUUGCGGUUUUCUGAAAUUGGUAGUACCAAUAUCCAUUUUUAUCCAUCACUAUAUGAACACACUACAAAGAAUGCUAAAGCCAGAAAGUCACUGUAAGUUAUCGUCUGUUGGCAAUGAUUUCAGUAUUUUAUCGCGUCAAGCCAGAUAUAAUGGUAGAUCAGGUAGAAGGAUCAUUUCAAGUGAAGAUGUAGGCAUUGUUUUGCUUGGAUAUCUUAAGAUUGAUCCUUUGACUAGAAGACUGCAGUUGGUUGAUGCCACUAGUGGCAUUGAUGUUCUUAUACCAGACCUUCCCUUGACUUGGAAUUCCAAUGACAUAUUUGAGGUGACAAACUAUGAUGUUAUUGUGGAUGGCAUUGACGAACUUGCGGAUCAAUUGGAAUUUAGUGAAUCAUUAUCGUGCAGAAUGAUCUUUAAUUGUAUCCAGAUGAGAAGAGAAUUUAGCACAUCGUUUUUUGUUUACUGUCUUUGGAGGAAUGUUAAAUGCAGAAAUUCCCCCCUUUACCCUUGUAUCAAUAGUAAGAAUGAAACUAAGGUACUUGAAUCUGGAUCAUACGAUUUGCUUAGGGUAUCUCACAAAUUUCCUCCACAAGAAAAGCAUUCUAAUAAUGUGAGGUCAAACAAGUCAAGUACUUUUGUUGAAGCUAUACUUUUGCCUUACAUUUUAUUGCUUGACGGGAAGCCUGGACUUUCAUGUCCAUGUGGUGUUUAUGGGGACCAGACAAUAGAACUUUCAAAAGAUUGCUUCAAUUAUAAUAAUGAAGAGCAAGAUUCCAUUAAGAGGCAAAAACUUAUUAAGAAAUCAGUAAAUACAUCAACGGACGAGUUUCACACUUCUGUCUAUGAGCUGAAUGCCUGUUCUAAUUCUUUUAGAGAAUCAAAAGAGAACAGAAAUUGUGACGGUUUAAGUUCUCUUGAUAUAUCUUGUAUGGUUACUUUUAGAGGCCUUAAAAAGGAGAAUGUGGUUUGCCCGGCUCUGUUGCGCUCUACAUCACCUAGGAAAGAUACGGGGUUUAAUUCAAAACCUACUGCAAAGAAUGUUUUGCUUGAGUUCUCAUCUGAUAGAUUUUUAAAGUAUCAGUUGUUGCAAAUUGGUGGUUAUUAUAUCAUAGAACAUAAUGCAAAAGAUUGCUUCAAUACUACAAAUGAUGCUGAUUUUGGUAGCAGUGGCACUGCUAAAUUUGUUAUUGAUUAUGGAAAACAUAUCUGGAGCCUUGCAUUUAUUUCUGAUGAUGUUCUUUUCAAAGAUAAAUCAGCAUAUGCACCUGUAGAAGAUUCUUCACCUCCUGUCACAGAUGUGGUUCUGCCUAAAGUUCAAAUUGAAAAGCAACUGCUGAGUCCCAAUGGUGAUUCUUCUGGUGUCUGUUCGGAUGUUUGUCUUUACCUACCUGUCAAUCUUACAGCUCUUCUGGAAAAUAUUAUUAUAGAAUCAGAAGAUGGUAAAAUCAAGAAAUUUGCAACAUCAGAACAGAGUGCAAACUCUUGUUUCAACAUUGGGACUGCAGUGGCUUUGCCUAAUUUUUGUUCUAGGCCUCAGAGUUCAAACUUGUUUCCCGAGGGUGAGUUGAUUUCUUUCAAGGGAAAUGUAGUUGACAUUCACGACUUCAGCUCUGGUUUCUGCAAUUCAUGCACAAGUGGGGCAAGCCUUGAUGCUCUUCAAAUGAAAGGCCUUGUUGGGACUCGAGGAAAUUUAUGUAUUCAUGUCUUAGUGCAUCAUGAUAUUGUGAGUAUUUUUGGUUCUAUAAGUAAACAUGCUUUUCCUACUGGUUUUGGACCUGGUGCAACUGCAACAUUUCAUCGAAUCCUUGAUGCAAGGGCCCAAAAAUUUAUGUUGCUGCCCGUGUCAUUCAUUGAAAUAAAUUCGAUAGAAGUAUUUGAUAAAAAGUGCAGUGACAGGUUGUCCACUUUAAGGCCUCUAAAAGAUGCAUAUGGUGCAUGUCAGGAUUCCUUUUCCUGUUUGAUUUCCCAAUUGCUUCAGUGCCAGAGUCAAAAGCAAAUAGUGCUUCGAUGCAGGGUUAUCGCUGUUAUUGUUUUAGUUCUAGAGAGGAAGACUAAGAAUUUAUACGCAAACACAAAAAUGAAUUCUAAGGGGAUUCUUUUGGACAUUCCACUUGCUUGUUUUCUGUUGGAUGAUGGGUCAUCAUCAUGCUGUUGUUGGGCUAAUGCUGAGAGGGCCGCAACCUUGUUGAGACUGCAAGAAGAAUUGUCUACAUCCUAUCAUCUUGGUAAAAUUUUGAAGAAGCACAAGAGAAUUACUGUGAGAAACCAUGGAUCCUUUAUUGAUUUUCCAUACCAAGAUGUUGUAGUUUCUGUUGCGUCUGGUGAUACUCUUAACAGUUCCAACGAAAAUCUCAUCAAGCACAUAAUCUUCAAUGCAUGUGUUGGAAGAACAUGGAAUGUUGUAGCUAGUCUGAUGGAUUCAGAGGAGGUUACACAGUUGAAGAAUGAAUAUGUUACUCAAAUUGUGAAUAUGCAAUCCAUGCAGAAUAUAUGGGCUAAAGAAGUCUCUUGCUCAUGCGCUCUGGCUGAGGCAAGAAACACGAUUCAGGAACUUUUGAGUAGUUAG